UGCACGAACACCUCCCUCUCUCAUAUUGAUAAGAGAUGUGUUCCUCUGAUUCUCUACCUGUCUUGAAGUGUGUUUGAGUGGCGCUGCUGGAUGGGACCAUGGGGCACUCUGUGCUCGGUGUGCUGUCGUUAUUCUUGCUGAAUACACUCCUCUCCUGUGGACACACUGAAUUGUCCAACAGAAGCUUUGUCGUGCUGCAACACAACUGGACUCAGAUAUUCAGCGGUGAGACGAUCUCUGUCAGGUGUGAGAUCCAGGGAGGAGGAGACACCCAGUGGGAAUAUGAAUGGAGGACAACAAGCUCCCACCAACCAGUCACUGGUCCAAACACAGCUCCCACACACAGUGAAUACAGGCUGGGCACUGCCUCUGUUUUCCACAGUGGAGAGUACUGGUGUAAGGCCAGAGCGGACUUGUAUUCCUCAACAGAGUGGAGUGACGCCUUCCAGCUGAGAGUAACACCCAAUAAACCCAGGCCCAGGCUGACUGCCCAUAACACAACCAUCACAGGAAAGGGAAGCGCAGCACUGAUCUGCUCUGUGGAUAACGCCGCUGAGUGGAGAUACGACUGGUUCAGAAGAACCUCAGCCUCCUCUGCAGCUCAGAUCCUAAGAUAUAAUGAAACAGAUGAUGAAAUCAGCAUCUCAGAGGAAGGCAUCUACAACUGCAGAGGAAGGAGAGGAGACACAACUGUCUUCACAGAGGACAGCAACCUAGUCACAAUAGAGAACAGAGUUUCCCACAAGGCGUCUGUGGCCCUGCAGCCUGACUGGUCUCUGAUAUUCAGCGGUGAGAUGAUCACUGUCCGGUGUGAGGUCCCUGCAGAUGGACUGACUGAGUGGGAGUAUGAAUGGACCAAACCCAACUCAAAUACGGUUCCAACACACAAUGGAUACAGGAUUGUGAAAGCAUCCUCGUCCGACAGUGGAAGCUACAGGUGUUUGGCUAAAGACAAGAAGAACUUGACUUCCACAACUGAGUGGAGCGAUGUCGUCACAUUGACAGUUUCUGAAAGACCAGCAGCUAACCUGCGUGCUGACCACAGAGCCUUUCCAGUAGGGGGCAGUGUGCUCCUGACCUGCUCCGUGGGACCUUCAUCACCUGGCUGGAAUUAUUAUUGGUACAGAGGUGAGAAAACCUCGGAGCCUCUGACGGAUGAGGAUUUCAAGUCAGAUGGACAAAGUGCUAGUGCCUCACGUGAAGGACAGUACUGGUGCAGAGGAGGAAGAGGAGAUCCAGUUUACUACACCGAGUACAGUCACUCAGUCAGGAUUCAUAAAAUUGUCCACAACAGAGCUGCUGUGACUCUUCAACCCAACUGGCCGAACAGAUACAGAGGAGAAACCGUCACACUGAGGUGUGAGAUCCAGGGAGGAGACUCUGAGUGGGAGUAUGAAUGGACAGCAACCAGCUCACAUGCACCUCCCAACACAAAGGAAUUCAGGAUCAGUGUGGGGUCACAUGUGAGCGGCAGUUACUGGUGUCAGGGCCGACUGAAAGGUGCACGGCAGAAUUCAACAGGAUGGAGUGUUCCCCUCACGUUGGACCUGUCUAAUGCGACUGCACCACGACCUGUCGUCACUGUGUCUCCGUCAUGGCUGACUCCUGGAGCCUCAGUGACUCUCACCUGUGGGGUUCCACAUCCGGCUGCAGGAUGGAGGUUCUACUGGUACAGAGUUUACCUGAGUAGUUUGAAUCAAGUCCCCAGAUGUCCACAGUCAUUUCCAUAUAGGAUGAGUCCUGUGCACAUUCGUGACAAGUACAGUUAUGAGCUGCUCCCAGGAAGCAACGGAGGGACUGAACAAAACUCCUCCGUCAUCAGAGGCCAGACGGAGUCAGCAGGUUAUGCAUGUCGAGCUGGAAGAGGAGACCCCGUGUUUUACACUGAGUUCAGUGAUCCAAAGUGGGUCUGGUCUGGAGAUUCCUAUUCGUCAGAGUCUCUCACUGUGAGUCCGGACUCAGUGCAGCACAACUAUCUUCACAGGAUCCAUCUGACCUGCGAGGGAAACUCUGAUAAGUGGAGAUUGUUGAUGUUUACUAGAGACCAAGUACGAUUGUCAGAGUGCAGCCGUCAGGAGACAAUCCCAAAGAUCACAUGGCCCAUGGAUAAUCUUCGUCCUGGAGUUUACUGCUGUGAAUCUGGAUCAGAGCUCAGCAACGCAGUCAACAUCACUAGAGUUCGAGGUCCUGUUAUCCUGGAGAGCCCUGCCCGUCCUGUGACUGGGGGACAGUCCGUUACUCUCAGCUGCUCAUGGUUCGGAGAAAACCUCUAUUCCAACUUCUCUUUCUACAAAAAUGGUGAACUCCUCCGAAGGGAUGUCAGAGGGAAACUGGAAAUCUCAGCUGUGUCAAAGUCAGAUGAAGGUUUCUACAAGUGUGAACGUUCAGGAGUCUUCUCACCGGAGAGUUGGAUGUCAGUAAAAUCACCUCCCUCUGCGUCUCCUGUGGCGCUGGUCAUUGGGCUGGUUGGUGGCAUCACACUGAUUCUCUCGCUGCUGCUGUUGUGUUGGUACAGGAAUUCAAAGAAUCUGUGUUGUGACAGGCUCAGCCAGUCUCUGAGAACCAAUCAGAGCUCAGACCCACCUGUCCACCACGAUGAAAACCAACUGCAAGUGUACUCGUCUCUUCUCCACGGUGACAACUGCAUCUAUGAAUCAAUCAGACGAGACACGGAGGAAGGAACCCGAGGUGAUCCAGAGGAGACGUCUGACUACGUUAAUGAAAAUCCACAUUCAGCUUCAGAUCUGUGUUGUGACAGGCUCAGCCAGUCUCUGAGAACCAAUCAGAGCUCAGACCCAACUGUCCACCAUGAUGAAAACCAACUGCAAGUGUCCUCGUCUCUUCUCCACGGUGACAACUGCAUCUAUGAAUCAAUCAGAGGAGACACGGAGGAAGGAACCCGAGGUGAUCCAGAGGAGAGGUCUGACUACGUUAAUGAAAAUCCACAUUCAGCUUCAGGAGCACUAUGAAUGGUGCAUCCUCCAGAAAACAAGAACAUGAAAACCAACAUUCAUCCUCAAACACCUUCACAUAUUAGACUCACCAGUUUUGUAACAGCUCAUUGGAAAGAACGACAUGAUCUGGAUUGAAUUUCAGGAUCAAUGAAAAAAGAAAUGCUGUGAUAUUUGCUUUUGUGUUUACGUUCAAUAUUUCAAUUGGCUGAUAUGGGCCUUUUAAGAUAUGCGCCGAUAUGAAAAGGUUUAUUUUACAGGAUAAACAAUGUGCAUUAUGAUUAUAUUUUACAUUGAACAUUUUUUUGUCUUAAUUCAAGUUCUAUAUAUUCUGUCGUAUUUGUGUUUUCUUUCAAUUUAUCUUUAUUUCUUUAAAAAAUAUUGUUUUACUUAAGCUUUAUUGCCAAUUUUAUAUAUAAGUGAUAGUUGUUUACUGCUUGAUAUCGGUAUCGGCAUCGGCCCCUAAAAAAAGCUUAUUCUGUAUAUUAAGAAUCAUGGAGCAGAGGUUGAAAAAUAAAAUCAUGUAACGUGAUCAUUA